GACUGACUGACGUCUGUGCUUACAAACUCCCUAUCAAUACCGGUGUCGCGUUUCGAAAGGGAGGCCCUUUUGCUGUGGGAAUCCAUUUCCAAGUAAUCCCCCCUCGGGUUCAACGGGGCUUAUUUGCUCCCAGGUAAUCGGAGCGAGGUUGGUGCAAGAGAGGCAGAGAAAGACGGCUUCCUCGUGUCUGGAAACGUGCAUAGACGUUUUAUUUAGCUAAAGCAAGAAGUUUUGCCCGCUUGCAGGUCAAGACUUCCUGCCUGGCUAUUAUUAUUAUUUCUCUCUCUCUUUCCCUCCGGUUAGAGGGCCGAAGGAGACAAUUGCCAACAGGGAAAGCCACAAACUGUGUGAGUUGUCGCCCCCCACUCCCCCUCCCCCAAAAAGGCCGAAGCAAAGAGGGAAUUUGAUGCUCGAAGUCAGCUUUUCUCAACGUUGGGGAGCCUUAGAGGUUGCUGGACUACAACUCCCAUCAACCCUAGUGAGGAGGGCCGGCAGUCAGGGAUGAUGGGAGCUGUAGUCCCAACAACGUGUGGGGUCCUAGGGACGACUAGCUGUAUCGUGUGUGGGAAACGUGGCAUCUCGCUCUCUCUCUCGCUCUCUCUCUCUCUCUCAAAUUAGUACGCUCCUAAUGGUCUCUGUUCUAGCAAAAGAGAAACAAGCCGACUGCUGUCAUUGCAGAUGCGAGGGAGGAGGUUGGGGAGUUCGGUAUAUUCGGCGCGUGCUAAGUUUACUUGUUGUUGUUGCUGUUUACAGCCUUUCUCAAAUUUAGGUCCCCAGAUAUUAGUGGCUGAGGAAACCCAGCCAGAUGGGCGGGGUAUAAAUAAUAAAUCAGUAUUAGUAUUAAACUACAACAGGUUUCCUCCACCUCGGGCCUCUGGAUGUUUUGGACCUACAACUCCCAUGAUCCCUAGCUAGCCAGACCAGUGGUCAGGGAUGCUGGGAAUUGUAGUCCCUAAACAUCUGGCGGGCCGAGGUUGAGGAAGCCUGAACUACAUAUCCCAUUGUCCCUAACCACUGGUCUUGUAGGUAGGGAUGAUGGGAGUUGUAGUCCAACAAUAACUGGGGUCCCAAGCUUGAGAGAGGCAGGACUACAUCCCUAUGGCGCAGGCGAGCCGGGAAAACUACAGUACCCAACAUGCUUCGCAGCCAAUUGCCCCCUAGUUUUGUUUUUUAAAGAAAGCAAAAGCAACAACAACGCCUCGCUGUUCAUUGUGAUGAUGUUCAUUGUGAUGCGACGAGAGGAAAAGGGGCCGAGUGUGAAGAGAGAGGGCAAACCGUUCUAAGCCUGGGAUCUGAGGUCGUUUACUAGAAAAUAAACUCUUGGGGAGGAAGGAGGUCAGUGCCUGGGAUUCUGAAGGAAGAUUGGUUUUACUGUUUAGCACUGGGGAAACUGCCUUUCCUCUUGAGGAAGUGCCAUUUGGAGUUCACAGUUGGCCCUUAAGCCCAUAAAGGUACUGACCAGCUGUGGAUUUGGGUGUUUUCUUUACUUUUCUUGCAUUCAUAGAACAGUGGUUCUCAAAGGGUGUGGCGCGUGGGAAAGAUUCAAGGACAAUCAAAGAAAUAUUUAAACAUUUCAGUGAUGUAUAGUGUUGUUGUUGUUUAGUUGUUUAGUCGUGUCCGACUCUUCGUGACCCCAUGGACCAGAGCAUGCCAGGCAUGUAUAGUGUAUGCAGUGCUUUUUUUCUUUAAAAAAAAUGUUUAGGGGUACUCUCAUUUUGACUCAAGAAAAUCACCAUUUUAUAGUUCAAAUCGGAUAAAAUAAAUACUGUAAAUGGACAAAAGUACAAAGAUUAACAAAAUGUUUAGGGGUAUGCGUCUCCCCAGAAAAAAAACCACUGUGUGUGUGUGUGUGUGUGUGUGUGUGUAUGUGUAUGUGUGUGUGUGUACACACACUAUACAUCACUGAAAUGUAUAUAUGUUAUUUGCAGAACAGGGAUAGAUAGCUUUUCAAAAUGUGUUGAUGAGUUUGUUUGCUUUUGCCAUGUAAUCUCAUUUAUACUGGGACUAAUUUGAGGCAAACUCACACCUCUCAUUGAGUUUGUGUGCAUACUUAAGGUACAUACGGAAGAGGCUUGUUUUAUAAUUAGAGAAUGAUUCACGUUCUCACGUGGCUGCAUUGUUUUAUACUUUCUGGAUGCCCCAUGAUCAUGCUAUAAAGUAGUUGUGUUCUGUGUUAUAAAUUAAGCACUGCCAGGAAGUGCUUCUUUUUGUUUUCCAACAAAAAUCUAAUGUGGCACAAGCAAAUUUUAAUUCUAAAAGUGUGGCCCAGAGAAAACCCCAGAAAACCCCUGGCCUCAUCUACUAGCCAAAGCAACAAGAGGGGGAAAUGUAAAAUGCAUUUGGAAAUAAGAUUAUAUUGCCUUUCUCUCUUUUUAGAUUUUGAAACUUGAACUUUUGAAACUUGAACAUGUACGAAAAACGCAAAAAGAAAUCUAGCAAAAAGGAGGAUAUUUCAGAUACCAAGGUAGGAAAGUCUGUGGAGAUGCAAAUGUGGAGUGGAAAUAAGUUUGUAUUCACAUAAUGGCCUUUUUUGCACAAAAUGGUAAGCUAGAGUAUUGGCUUUGUUUAUCUCUGUGUUUUAGUUCAGUGCAGAAUAGCAGCUAAGCAAGAUAUGACUUAGUGUGUCCUUCAAACCGGGGAUAUGGUUAAGGUCUCUCCUGCUUAAUCACAAUCUGUUGUUGAGGUUUGUAUGGCUGUGUGUGAGAGACAAGGAAGGAAAGGAAGCACUGUAUUUCCUAGCCAAACUUAAUUUUUUUGGGCUCUGAUUCUUGUCCACCCUACGUGUUUCCAGGAGUUGGUUGGUGGAAAAACAAGACCUGUAGGAGGAUGUAUACCCUCUUGAUGUGCAUAAUUAAUUCAGUAUGUGUGUUUAUGGGGUGUCUAAGAGAAGUGUCCUUUCAAAACAUCAUUAAUUCAGUGUAUAUGUGUGUGAUUUGAGAAAGAGAGAUCUUAAACCCAAAAAGAAAAGGUUAAAUCAUAGUUACAUAAAACAAUUCAAAUUUGUCACUGCAUCUUUCUGUUUGUUCGCGUAGACAAGGUAGAUUUUCAGGGGGGCCUCAGUAAUUUUUUUUUCUAUUUCAUUUUGUGUUUUAGCAUUCUUAUUCCAAGACUUCCAGUGAAAAGCGAUCGCACCAAUCAUCUAGCUCAUCUUCACAUAGAAGUGAAAAGGUGAGACUUGGAGAUUUGGAGAAGAAAGCAUUACAGUCACUUUUAUUAGAGUGGUGCUGGGAAGUUUUUGCCUCUGCACAUGAGUCUGAGAAUGUUCUGAUCAGUUCACAUUGAGUUCAAUACCCUGACCUGUUCUUAACGCAUUGUUGACCACAUCUACGGAACGCGAUUGUUAUGUUCUUUCAUGUCAUGCUAUAUCAAUCAUUAGUAAUAGUUUAAGUCUUGAUACUCAAUCACUAGUUAAUAUUUUUAAAAAGGAGGUUUCACGCCUGUCCAAUUCUGUGUUCCCUUUCCCAACCUUUAAUCUAUUGAUGAUUAAUACCUAUAUUCAACCUUUGCAUUGUAUUCAUGUUAACCGAUCAGCAACAAGCACAUAUGUGGGAAUGCUGUAAUAUUCAAUAAAAGGGACUCUCCGAGACAUGCUCAAGAGAUGCCUCCCGUAUGACACCUUGCCAUUCGUCUGUCACUUAUUUCAACCCAACAGAGUGGUGUACUAGAAGUUUGUCUGUUGCCUUUAGAUUUGCUUAAAUUAUGCUUGGCUUAAGUAUUUCAAUUGCUCUGACUAUAGACUCUGUUCAGCUGUAUUUAUAAUGUUAAAUAUAAGCUGGGUUGAUGCAUGCUUUAAUUUAACCCUGAUAGCUUAAUAUAUUUCUUUAAUCAGAAAAUGCUCAUGCACUGUAGCUGCUGUGCUACCUUGUGAAAGUCUGGGACACUGCUCUGUAUUUAAUUGGAGGCUUAUUAGCAACCUGAGCUUCUUUUGGAGGAAGGGCGGGAUAUCAAUAUAAUGUAUAAAUAAUAAUGUAGAUUUUGUUUUAACUCUUUCAGAGUCAUGAAAAGGCAGAAAUUAGGAGUCAUCAUGCAAAAGAGCAGCCAACAAGUAAAGGGUAAAUUGUUACUUGGAAUUAAAGGCACUCAUUUAAAAAUAUUUAUGCUUAUUCUGAAAAAAUAAUUGCUAUUUCUUGCGGAUUCAUAGUGCAAUCCUAUACUUAUUUACUCCGAAGAAAACCCCAUUAAGUUCAGUGGGACUUCUUCUUUUUUUUAAGAAUAAUUUUUUAUUAACCGACCAAUUACAUCAAAUCAAACCAAAUUACAUAAAUUCCAAAUUACACAGCCGAAUUUUAAAUUUUUGUUGGGGGUACCCAUAUUUCAAGUUCCGAAGGGAUCCAAUCAACUUCUUGCUUCUUACUGCUGUUUUAAUGUCCACAAAUCUAACCUUAUGAUGUUCACAGUACUAUCCAGUCCUUUCUUAUUAUUUUUCCACAUCUCUUGUUGUUAUUUUCAUAUAUUUUUCCUUUCUCUUUGUGACCUCUGAUAGUCUCCGCAAGCUGGUUAGAACAGUUUGUAAUCCUGCGUGGAUAUUAUUUUUUUAUCCAGUAGCCAUAUCCAGACGUUUUCCAUAUAACAUCACUUCCAUACAUCAAAACAGUCUUAGCGUCAUUAAUCUUCACCAAUCUGCCUCCUUUCUCAAAACCUCUGAGGAGAUUCACUAGGAAUGCAGUCUGAAAACAAAUCUGUUCUUCCUCCCGGCUAUAAAUCCUUUGGCAAGAUGCGACUCCGAAUUAAUUGCUGCGCCAUUCCCAAAAACUCUUAUUGCUUCUCGGUCUCCAUAAAGCAUACUUUUGGUUAAAGUUUAUCUCAACACAGACCUUAAUCAUCCUGCUUGGGUCAGUUCAACCGACGGUUCUAAUGAGGAGGGGUUCUUGUAAAUCACAUAGAAGGAAAGUAAAAAAGGUUCCCCCCCCCCCAUUCAGCCCCGUUGUCAACAUACCCCGCCUUUGGUGUUUCUUCAUCAUAAAAUAUUGCUGUUUCUCCAGCCCGUCGUCGUCUUUCACAGACGUCACUUAAAUUAGCAGACUUCACUCCCCUUCUUCACUUGAAAUAUGUGCAUUUGCUUCUUUUGUAAUUAAUUAUUCCAAAUUGCUGCAACUAGUGCGCGAUCAGAGACAGCGUCCAGGAGAGCCGAGGUCCACACGGGGCAUUCUGCCUAGGGCCCUCACCCCCUUCUUUCGAAUUAGGGGGUGAUUUAUGGGCACAGCAGGCAAGGGCAGUGUUCCCCAUUUCCUUGGGGCAACAAGGGAGGCUGCCUACUCCCAUAACAGCCUCUUAAUUACCCUGUGUGGGUCGGAGAGAUGGUAUUGUCGGCCAUCUUCCAAUGCGCCCCCUAGUGGCCCCCUUAAGUUCAGUGGGACUUCUUCCCAGAUAUGUUUUUAUUGAACUGCAGCUUCAGAAAGUAAAAUAGUCUGUGUGGGUGGUGGGGAAUAACACUAUGUGAAAUCUGUUCAUUCAUUUGAGGUCUUGGUAAAUUAAAAACAAAAGCAUAUUGUCUGGCUUUUCACCAAUUAAAUUUAUGUCCUGUAUUGCUAAAGGCAGCUUUAAAAAAAGAUAAAACAUAUUAACAUCAAAUUUAAAGAUUAUUUUAAAAGUUGCCACUCAGUCUAGAGAAUGGAAAACACUCUACAGUAAUUGCAUAUUAUGACAAUAUUUAGGUUUAAGUUUUUAUUUUUGAAACUAUUGUAAAAUACAAGACUAUAGUCCUUUCCACUGGCUGCUAUUCUUUCACCAUGAUUUAAAUAUCCCAAGUGGUUAAUAUUGGAAGAACUGAGAUAUAACUACCUGGCUCACAAUCCCAGCAGGACUUAAAUUGCUGCAUGGGCAGCUCAUCCAUGUUUCCUACACAUAGACUCUAAUCUGCAGUGGCCUUGUCCUUUGCAGCUCAUUCAGUAAUAAUGCAUUGGUGUUACUAUGGUUGAAAGUGACACUUCCCAUAUGACCAUAGGAAUUGCCAGGUACAGAUACAACAUAUGAGUCUUUGAGGUUCUGGUGUGUUUUUAUAAUGUAUGCAAUAGAGUAAUUAAGGCAAGCAUGUUAUAAGUAUUAAGCUAUGUGUAUUACAAGUAUUUAGGCAAUGUUAGGUAGAGAAGGAGAAUGAAUUUGAAAUGUUAGCGGGGGGUGAGACAGUUGAGAGUCAGCAGAGUUUAGGAUGGAGAAUGCAGUAUAUGGGAGUUAAUGGAUGUGAAGCAGGGUUUAAUUAGUUUAGCUGCAACUUGAUAACUACUGAAUAGCUUCUGUAAGCCUGUUUACCAGUCUCUCAGUUCAGCAGGAAACCUCUUUUUGUGCAUCCUUUUCAUGGGGGGGGGGGGUGUAUUUUAACCAUGGGAUGUUCAUUUAAAGUUAGGCUAUUAAGCUUCUAAGUGUGAAGUUAAACUUUGCGUUUUAAUCCUGUUAUCCUUAUCUUUUUGUUCCUGUUAGAAUAAUGGCAACUCUUGUCUUCAAUCUGCCAUAACAAUUUCUACGUCUUGCUUGUAUCCAGUGUGGCACUAAGUAAUUAUCCCAUCGGUGCAAGGAUUUCUUCUUGCGCAAGGGACUUUUCUCACCUCCCUUUGCCCCAGAAACUUCCUCAGAACAGAUUUGGAAGAGGGGGGAAGUCCCAUCGCAGAAGCAGAAAUCCUUUCACUGAUCAGACAAUUACUUAUGGCUGCAGUGGAUGUAACCCCUCUUAACUGAUGCUUAUGUCAGCAAUUAAUCAUUUUUUAGUUUGAUUUAUGACUCGUGUGCCUCAAAACCUCGGUGAAGGUGUUAAAUGGCUAAAUUAGUCUGGCCUGAUGGCAGCGGCGGAGCGUAUACCUGCAGUGGGCGCACCCUGGCUCCUUCUGUUGGAAAAACGCCCCCGGGGAAGGGUGCCAACUUCCCAAGGCACCGGGGCUUCUCUCCGGUGGUCACUCUCUGGCUGGAAUUCUCGCUCAGUCCAGAGACACCGGUGAUAAGUGACCCCUCCCCUCCUGAGAGGAGCACACUCACAUUCUUCUGCCAAUCCAUCACAGAAGAAAGAGACAGUCUGUAGUCUACUCAGCUACUUUAAGACUGUACGAGCAUGUCUGCUCUCCUGAGCAACAUAACACAAGAGUCUCUAACUCGACUCAAGCUUCGACUCAGAAGCAAAAGUAACUCACAGUAACUCCCCGGUUACAAUGAGAACUGGCAGAGACUUCCUGUCUCACCUCAGAGACAUCACAUGAUGUCAACAAUGUAGCUGCCUGCUCGCAGCUGGUGGGAACUGAAACCCCAACACCUUCCACCUCACCGUGGCCAAGGAGGGCUCCUCUCUGCUGCUGGGCCAGAAGUGACCUGGUGGCAGAACUGCUGCUGCUGCCGCCGGGUGCAAGUUGCGCCGCAGCCGAGGAGGGUGGGCGGCAGCGCUGCCAUCCACUCACCUGCUCUCCUCCCCUGAGUCAGGCUUGACCUGGGGGUGGAGCUGUGCCAGGCACAAGCGCCGCAGCCAAGGCUCCUUCUGGCGCAGAGCCAGGCUCCGAUGAAGGAGCCUGCUUUGGGGGCGCAAAAUUGGUCCCAGAGCCACAUCACCCUCCACACUAUGCCUUUGGCUGAUGGAGGUAAACAUCUGAUUGCAGAUCUUCAUCUGCAUUGCAAUGAUCUUCCUCAUCACAUUAAAAGCUGCCUGUAUUUACUGCUUGAAAUGGAUGGGGAUGCCCAUAGUUAUUCAUGGCUGCUGUUUGUUUUGCUCAGAAUUAAAGGUGGAGAAGGAUCAGCUUCUCUACUUGAACCUGGUAUAAAAAUAAGUUUAAACUUUUUAUAUGGUCUGCCACAUUUUCUAGUACACAAGUAAUAAUCUAAUUCUCUUUCAACAUUUUUCCAUUGAGCUUAACCCUGAGUUUGUUCUGUAAGAAACUGCACUGUUUCUGUAAGAAACUUGCACUGUCAAAUUUCUUUGUACAGUAAUAGUUUUCUCUUGCUGAUCCUUCCACAGGUCAGAUGAUAGUGCUGGAUACACGAAAAGAAAAAAGAGUCUGGAUCUCAAAGAUACUACUAAAGUUAUCCAAAAAGAGGCUUCCAAAGAUAUCCAUCUUGUCUGUGGUACUAUAAGGCCUAUUGAAGAGCGUGAAAAGGUCACUAUGCAUUUUAAAAAUAAAGCUGAACGUGGAGGAAAGACAAGCAGUUUGGAUUCUGCAGCAGCCUUCCCUCGGAAGGAGGGCUCAAACAAAGAGAUGUGCAGUGAUCCUGAUGCGAAAAGAGGGAAAAGGGAAUUGCAGGAUUUGAGGAUUCUUAACAGCAGAAAGAAGAAAAAGAAGGUUGAGGCAGAAUGUGCCAAAUUAAAAGAAACUGUAAAACGUGUGCUGGAGUUCAAGGAAACUUCACAGAACACUUCAAAAAAGUCACACCCCACCUUUUCAUCCUUUAGCUUAUCAGGUACUAAACUACCGUCUUGGCAAUCCUCUGUGCACACUCCUGAAGGAGCCAAACAUGCUUCAUUAGAACUACCUCGCAAAACUGACAAAGGAAUGAAACGUGUACCCUUGCACCACUUGCGUGAACUAUAUCACCAGAGAGAAUAUAAACAGAAAGAACAAUUUCAUCAUGAAUCCCACAAGAAUGUUGGUAAUGCAAGGACCCAAGGGGAUAGAUUUGAGCCUGCAGCAUUUCAGAUGAGUCAGGUAAAGCUGUUAAAAGUUUGCUAUGAGAAUUGAGGUGGAAGUUUUGCUUUGUGCAGCAACAAUAGUGGUGGCUUUUAUAACUUCCCCAGCAAAUAGCUUAUUUAAUUUAGACACUGGAAUGAUUCUCAGAUAACUCUUAAACCAUAUUUUAGCAUUAUAAGAGUGAGCCCCUUGAAUUUGCACCUCCCUCCUUCUCCUAUCUCCUUCAGAGCUGCCAUAAACAAGGGUUCAGAUGCUUUUGCUUAAUCACAACUUGCUAUGCCAUCCAAACCUGCACAUCUGGCCAUUCAAACCAUAGCUUAUGAAGUGGGUUUGAUUCCACGAACUGUAAUUAAGAUUAUGUGCAGUUUAGGGUUUGGACAGAACCCUAAACUCGGAUUUAAAUCACAACUGAAGCAAAAGCUUUGAUCGCAUCUGAAAACAGUCAUUGCCAUCAAUGUAUGUGGUGUGUUACUUCACUUCAUAAACAAAAAAGGUAGCUCUUGAUCAGGGGUCGGCAAGGUUUACUGGCCAUGGGCUGGAUCACUCCCACAGAGAUCGUCCAUGGGUCGGACUGGCGCAGUGCAACGCCGGAAAUCAUGUCUGCAGCACCGGAAAUCGCUUCUGCACAUGCCCAGAUGCUGAAAAUCGCACCUGUGCAGAAGUGAUUUUCGGUGUCUGGACAUGCGCAGACACGAUUUCUGGUAUCUGCACAUGCGCAGACGUGAUUUCCGGGGCCGCUUGGCAAGUUCCCGCGCUGUGCUGCGCCGCUUUAGCCCAGCGUGUGGGGGACUCACCGGGUGGCUCAGUUCGGGGGCAGCUCGUGGGCCAGUAAAACGGUCUUCAUGGGCUGCACGUUGUUGACCCCUGCUCUUGAUAGAAAGACCCUGAAGGAUCUUAAAUCUUACAGUGUUAAAAACAAUAGUAUCAAAGGAUGAUUGUGGAAAUUGCAUGUACUUGUGCAUUGCUGUAGUCGGGGAAUGAGAAUUAAAUCAGUUAACCCAAAGACCUCUCAGAAAAGGUGAACUUUGAGGAUAUAGACUGUGGGCUACUCCAGAUACCAAGAAGUAAUCAGUGUGCAGAACAUGCAAUCCAAGUGAUGUAGGAACCUUACGAUGCUUGCAGCAGAAACAAAGGCAAACUGCAACCUCAAUUUAUUUUAAGCAAUAAGAAGUGAUGUACAAUGUACAAAACAUUGUACAAGUAUUAGAAAAUUUGCAAGCUCUAUUUUCCUGUGUUGUAAUACAUGUUAUGCUUAUUACCUAAUACAUUAUACAGUUACAAAUACAAAAGUCAGAUUAUUGAUUUUUGGGGUGACCUUUUUUCAAAAGAUUUGGAAAUGACAGUUCAUUCCUUUGCUUUCAGGCAAAGGUUCGUCUAACAGCUUCAGGAACAUGAGGCUGUAAAAUAGUUAUAACGCUAGGGUUGAUCCUUACUAGACCAUUCUAUGAAGAUCACUUUGAAUUCUAAGGGCCGCCUCAUGGCAUUUGCUUGCUGGAUUUGCUCUCACCUUUCAACCACGCCUCCCUGGAGCUUCUCUACAUUUGACUCACAAUCUGCAAUUGUGUUGUCAGGUGCUGUCAGCUCCUGCCCUCUGUGCCAAGGACGUUGUAUCUUCUCAUGUGCCAGUACAGUUUUAGGCCCCCGUCAAGGGGUCACAAAUUUAUAAUCUUAUGACUGUGGCACCUGUCACAUAACCUUUUGGGGAUAUGCGCUCUUCCACCUCCUGGUUUGCUAGCUUGUUACUCUACUGUGUGUGUGACUGUACCAUGAAGAAGAGCCAAUUGCUCACAUGCAGCCAUAGUCCUUCGAGUGGGACAUCUGUGCAGCCACAAAACUUGCCCUUCUUCCUCACUUGCAGUGUCUCUGAGGAGAGGGUCUUGGCCUUGACCCUGAACAAGGGUUUGCUGCUCAGGGGCAGGGGCCACAGGUUCAGCUAAACCCAAGAAGUUUCUGAAAUAGUGUUCUGCAUAGACAAAUUCGGUGUAUGUUGCUGCUCAGAUAACCACUCAAAGAACUAUGGUUACAAGGAAGUAACCUGUUCAUUUCUAAGCCUCGUGAAAUUUUCUUUAGCCUUUUUUGUGUUCUCUAAAAACUGUGUGUGCAUGCGUGUGCGCAUGUGUGCACAAAUCCGUUGUGGUGUAUGGCCGUCUUGCACUCUCCCUCCUCCUCCCCUCUUGAAAUCACUUCCAUCUCACAAUAAUAUUUACUCGGGCUUUCUCUUUAGUGCAAAGCUUUUAUACAGUACAGAUACUUGAGGUGAUUUUUGUUACAGAGCUCUGAAGCCUCAUGCCACUCUUCUUCCUGUGAAGCUACUGAAAGUACUGACACAGACCAAGAGGUUAGUGGUUAUGUAACCUAGCAGGUUCACUUUAACAUUCCCUAGCUGCAACACAAGAAAUACAAGACAAACUAGACGACACCCAAAUGCCCUGGUUAACACAACACCAACUACAUGCCCUCUUAAACAACCCAACAGUAAAAUUAGCAGCAACUAGGCCCCUGACAACCUUCGAAAACCUCCUCCUAACAACAAAGGGAAACGGUAAAGGGACGGUAUCCGCAAUAUACAAAAUACUACUCCAAAAUGCCACAAACCCCUAGACGCAAUCAAAAACAAUGGGAGAAUGACAUAGGCUAUGAGAUUAACCCCACUCAAUGGACCAGAAUGUGGUCUAACCCCCCCUUUAAAUCCAUAUCAAUGAAAAGAAAAGAACUCACACUGAAACUCACCUACAGGUGGUACCUAACACCAAGGAAAUUAGCGCUAAUACGCCCAGGAACCUCACCAAAAUGCUGGAGAGGGUGCACCUCCACAGGCACAUACCUCCACAUGUGGUGAGAGUGUCCCAAAAUCCAACUAUUCUGGACAACAGCCAUACGAGAAAUAUGUAAAAUAACUAAGCAAGUAUUAGAUAUCACCCCAGAAUUGGCCCUACUAAACAUCUUCCAAGACAACAAUGCCCAUUUACACCACAAAGAACUCAUAACCCACCUACUUUCAGCAGCCAGAAACACCAUAACCAGACACUGGAGAGACCUGUCAGGAGUAAGCAUGGACCAAUGGUACCAAAUAGUAUGGGAAACAGCCCUACUAGAAAAAUUAACUAAUAAACUGAAACUGACAUGGGGACAAACAGAAGAAGACACCUUCACCCCGGUAUGGCUCCCCUUUAUCACAUACACAGCCCAACAAGACAAUGACAAUAAUCCACCAACAGCAUACAAAUCAAUAUGGCUAACCUGAUCCAAAACACCCACCCACCUCACUCACACACGAAAACAAAGAUCACCACAGCCAAUCACGCCCUAGGCCAACCCCAACCUCUCUCACCACCAAAGGAACACAAGUAACGCUGACACCAAACUCUACAUACAUUAAGCAUAAUAGAAACAUCGCCACCCGACCCCACCCCCACCCAUCUUCCCUCCCCCCACUCCCCCUUUCUUUUUCCUUCCUUUCUUUUUUUUUUCUUUCUUCUCCCCCUAAUGCCUCAACAAAUGAAAUGGAUUUGUAAAAAUGUUACAUGGGGAAAAAAAUACGAGGCAUUACACUUACUUCUGUAAAAAAAAGAAAAGAAAACAUUCCCUAGCUGCGAUUCUUGCACCACACACAUUGCCUUUUGCUUUACGAUUGGCUCCAUAACUUGUCAAGAAGCACAAGCAGGUCUGGGCUAUAUAAUAAUUACAAAGCUCAGUCGGUAGAGCAUGGUACUCUUAAUCUUAGGGUUGUGGGUUCAUGCCCCAUGUUGGCCAAAAAGAUUCCUGUAUUGCGGGGGGUUGGACUACAUGACCCUCGUGGUCCCUUCCAACUUUACAAUUCUAUGAUUCACUCUCUAAGCAUGAAUCCUCAUGCAGCCAAAAUGGCCCCAUCCAAAAAUGCAGGGUCAUCAGACUUGGGGAAACCCCAUGUUAAAAAAAAAAAGUCCCAGGAACAACAAUAACCAAGAGAAGGAACCCAAACAUAACCCUCAAGGACUGAGCAUACUCAGUGGCCAAGGAAUAUGCAAGAGGGUGUAAUUCUGGGAGUGGGGUGUGAACCUUAGUUGGUGCCCAGUGACGUGAACUCCCAGUGCCAGCCUUGAUUUCAAGUUUAUAUUGCUCUUUUCCAUAGAUGCAGAUUGUAGAAGAACUGCAUGCUGCUCGCAUUGACAAAACGAUGGCUUUGCCUGUGGUUCAGACUUGUGGAGAGCUGACCAACAUGGAGAUAGAUCUUCCAGAUGAUGAAUCAAAUAUGUCUGCUAGUAAGUUUAUAUGCAUCAAGUAUUUUUGAUUUCUUUUCCAUAACAAGGCAAUAAACAGGGGAAUAAAUCAGUACAGAAUCCAAAUAACAGAAUUUCUCUCUGUGUGUUUCUUCUUUUGUAACAGGAACUCUUUCUGGCCUGAAUAGUUUGAUUGUGAUUGAUACUAAUAUAAUGAUCAGCCAUCUGGAAUUCAUCAAGUCUUUGAAGAAUACAGAUAUCCCAGGUGUGUGUGGAUUUAUUAAUUCCGUUUCCAUUUAUAAACUACUUACUAUAUGAAAAUCUUGACGUGGUUUAGAAUACAUAAAUGUAUAUAAACAUAUUACAUGCCAAAUGAUUUCCACAAAAAUGAAACAAAUACAUAAACAAAAUCAAUAUAUGAAGCACAAUAUCAGCAUAAAGGCAGAGUGCAUUACGAGGCACUAUAGUGCAAACUUUCAACCAAAGUAACACACGUUCUGCCACUCACCCAGACUCACUUGCCAUCCUUUCUGUAUGACCAUGACAGUAAUCAAUUGCCUCAAACAUCUCUGUCAACCAACCACUCACAUAAAUCUCAUAAAAUUAUACACAACAAUAUUACAGCCCACAUGAGAUUCACAGCCAAACAUACACAUGUAAGAGACUAUCGCCAUCUCUGAAGCACUAGUGGUAUCAUGCCCCAUACCCACUAGACUAUCAAAUACUCACCUCUCACACCUGAGAAGGAUCUGCUUUUAAACCUGAAUAGGCUCUCACCUUGGUGGAGUAGAAAACUACUUUCGUCCAUUCACUCACAACUACAUAAAUGUAGCAUGCACAGUAUUGCACAACCUCAGCUCCUGAUAAAUAACCAGUCAGCAUUGGUGGCAGAUACAAACAUCAACCUCACACUCAAGGCGUCUCUGAAGGUCUUCACAGACUCAGGUGGUUGUACCCAACCAGCAGCUAUGCUCUCCUUUCCCACCAGAACAUUGGCCCACUCCAUCUUACAACAAAUUGGCCAACAUCUUGUGCUCUGGCUGUUCACCUUUGACUGAGAGUCACAGGAUGAACCUUUUGGCUCAUGCCUUUGCCAGGCACAAGAUUUAGGUACAGUACCAGAGGAGGUGGGAAAGAGAAAAAGCAAAUCUCAUCGGGAGCCCCAGCUGUGGAAAAUACAGAUCAAAUUUUACCUUGCCCAAAGGCUACACUUUCCCUAUCAGAUACAUACGUCCUGAUUCUGUUAAAUGUGGUCAGUGCUAUGCAGAUCCACUGGCAGAAUAUCCAACAGCGAGCUGAAUUAGUUUUUUAAUCACAGUUAAAAGAUGUACAGCAUUUUGAAGAACUACCAUCAAUUAAUAACACAUAAGCUAUUUUUCUCCUGUUUAGGAGUUGGCAGAUUUGUGCUUGUCAUUCCCUGGGUCGUUUUGCAAGAACUGGAUAACUUAAAAAGAGGGAAAAUAUUGGCAAAGGUUGGGCAAAAAGCAAUCCCUGCAGUUCACUUCAUCUACACUUGCCUGAAGAACCAAGAUCCAAGGUUGUGGGGUCAAUCUAUGCAACUUGCUUCUCAGCAAACACGUAAGUUGUGACAGAGCUGGUGGAUUCUAGCAGAAUUCACCCUGUAGCCUGGUUAAGAAGACAGUUGACAUCUUUUGUGGAUGGAAGAACCUUUGAAAAUACUGUGGUGAUACUGUUUGGAACUACUGUUUAUAUGCUGUCUUUUUUUUAAAUCACUUGGUUUUAUUCUCUCCUGGAAAUCUUUGGGCUGCAAGUUGCUUAAUGUGAUUGGAUGACAUAAAGGUUUGUGUCCAAUGCUCCAUGCGAAUAGUUUCACUGGUGCAAUGGGACUGCUGUUUCCUCCUCUCACAGACCCAAAAAUCUUCUGUGGAGGGAAUUGUGUAGCAUUUGAACAUAGCCUACAUUUCCAGAGCAAGUUAAAUAUAUUGCCUGUGCUUCGAAGGCAAGUAAGUCCUACGGGACCGCCUCUCCUGGUAUGCCCCACAGAGAAACUUACGGUCUUCGAAUAAAAACAUCUUGAAGGUCCCAGGCCACAGAGAGGUUAGGCUGGCCUCAACUAGAGCCAGGGCUUUUUCGGCUGUGGCUCCGAUCUGGUGGAACACUCUGUCACAAGAGACCAGGGCCCUGCGGGACUUGACAUCUUUCCGCAGGGCCUGCAAGACAGAGCUGUUCCACCAGGCCUUUGGCCAGGGCACAGCCUGACUCCCUCCCUCGGCAAUCUUCGCGGAGCUCUGGCCCAAUGGUUGCCAGUGGCUUGAAUUAAUUAAUUUUAUAAUGAAUGAUUUUAGACUGUUGUUUAUGCUGUACUUUGUACUGUUUUAUUGUUGUUAGCCGCCCUGAGCCCGGCUUCGGCUGGGGAGGGCGGGAUAUAAAUAAAAUUUAUUAUUAUUAUUAUUAUUAAGUGAGAGCCGCCAGGUGUCUCCUUUGCCUGCUUUAACAAUGAUGUGUAAACGCUAUUCAUUCAAGUUCUGUUAAAGCACGAUAUGCUAACUCGCUUUUGCCAAAUUUACAGGUGGUUCCUGUGUUGAGAACAAUGAUGACCGUGUGUUGCAGUGCUGCCUGCAGUAUCAGAACCUCUUUCCUCAAGCUGAAAUUGUACUGAUGACGUAAGUUCUGUCCAACUAGAGAGCUAAAUUUGAUAAGAACCCACAACCAUUAUGCUGUAAUUUUAAAAACAAAAAAAUGCAGAAAAGAUAUUCCCAGCUACAUACCAUUGUUUUUAAAAAAAGUGUUUGUGAUUAUGUAAAUCUGAGUCCUUGAGGUUCUCCCUAAGGCCUCAUUUCUUCUGUCUAUGCUAUUGAAUUUUGCAUUCCCUGCUUAACUGAAGAUGAUGUUUCUUUUCAUAACACGAAUCCAUGAAGUUUGCAUCCUGUUUUUAGAAAGGGUUGGUGAGAACAAUCAAUCAAUGAGGGAAGAAGCAGUCAAAUCGUGCAAAUGAAAGGUAUUCAGAACAGAGCCUGGCUAUAGCUGAGAACUGCUCAUGUACGAAUUCUGUGGAAUCUGUCUGGAAAGCCAAGUCUCUCCACUAGAAUGUAAAAAAAAUGCCUAUCUUUGAAAACAAGAUUUUUGCUAUGCUAGUUUUGUAGAAGUUAUAUUUUAAAAUAGCUCUAAACAGACAUAGAUAAAUGAAUUGGACCAGAUGUUGGCUCUUUUGCCAUGGAAGAAGGUAUAAUCUGUCCUACUUACCACUCAAGUAAUGCAAAAUGAAAACAAUUUUAUUUUCAUAGGGAUGAUAAAAACCUGUGCAGCAAAGCCCUUGUCAGUGAAGUUAAGGCACUUAGCAAAGCAGACUUUGUUACUGCACUCCAGAAGCUGACUAGAGACACCAUCAUGCUGACUCAAGAUGCUUCUAGCGGCCAGUCCCAAUCGGAAAGAGGUUUGUUUUUCUUGAUUCAUUAGGAUUACCAUAAUGGCCACACAAGUUAAAUAAUACCGCACAUCUGCUCAGAAGCAAGACCCACUGAAUUGAACUGAGCUUAUUUUCAGAAAACGAGGGUGGUAGUCAGCUAGAUUUUACUCACAGUAGACCUGUUGAAAUGAAUUGACCUACCUUGGUUGUGUUCAUUUUUUUCAGUGGGUCUAUCCGGAGUAAAACUUAGUUGAAUGCCACCCAGCCUAAAGCUGAUAAAUAGUAGUUUGCAAACAUUUUUAUUCUCUUUGAGAACCUGACUGACAACGACAAACAUUUCCAAUAACUUUCAAUAUUUCAUAUAGUUCUAAUAAUCUUCUAACAGAUAAAUUAUGCUAAGCUGAUGUAUGAAGGACUGAAAUACUGAAUUUUAUUGGCAUAAGAUCCUUCCCAGUAGUAGCGCCCACCCUGUGGAAUGCCCUCUGAUCAGUUGUCAAGGAAAUAAACAUCUAAGACAUCUGAAAGUUGUUUUUAAUAGGGAGGUUUUUAAUAUUUGAGGGUUUUUUGUGUUUUAAUAUUUUGUUGGAAGCUGCCCAGAGUGGCUGGGGUGACCCACACAGAUUAGUGGCAUAAAAAUAAUAAAAUAAUAAUAAUAAUUUCUAUUAUUACUGCGCCACAUAGAAACUUUUAUAAGAUUAAAGGAGAGGAUAUGUUGGCCAUUCUCAACUAUAGAACUACAUAGAAAAGAGACAACAGUUCUUUAUCGGGCCAGUUAAAAUGAGCAGGUAGAUAUUGGAUGAAAUAAGAUUCUGAUUAAACUCUUCAGGGAACUUGGGGAAUCUCCUUUUGAGGUGACUGCCAAUAGUCAAUUGAGUGAGCAUCAGAGAUCGCUUAAGUGUAGUGAAUUCUAACACUUUCCCAACAUUGAGGCCCCAGGUGUUGUUGGACUACAACUCCCAUCAUCCCUACCUAGCAGGACCAGUGGUCAAGGAUGAUGGGAGUUGUAGUUCAACAACACCUGGGGACCCAGUGUUGAGAAAGGCUGCUAUAGACGCUGGAACAUGUGACCCUCUCUGUGCCCUCCAUGUUGUGGCAGUGCUUCAUUUGUAGUGGUAGAAGCCAUUUUAAUUCCACUAGUGCACUUGAAAUCCAGCCCCAAGAGAACUGAAAACGAGCCAUUUCUCUCAGUGGCAGAGGUUGCCCCGAGAUGGGUGAUUCUUCCUCCUCCUUGCCUCAUGGUCAGGGCCAUGAUCAUCAGUGCAGACUGUUUAGCUUUGGUUGAGGGAGAUUCCACCCAGUUAUGGCCCUGCCUUCUUCAUAGUAGCAAGAUUUGCCAACACGUUAGAAACCGUAUGUACCUGCAACUCAAAAUACCUGUGUUUAAUAUGCUACAUGUUGAGCGGGAUAGCGUUUCAUGCAUUUGAUGAAGUGGACCAUAGUCCAUGAAAACAUAUGCCAUUUUUAAAAAAUAAAAAGUUAGUUUUUAAGGUGCCACAAGACUCUUCAUUGUUUUAUUUCUGCAAGAGACUGACAUAACUACCCCUCUGGAAAUGGAUACAGUUUCUAAAAUAGGAAAGGGAGGGCUUUUGAAGCAAGCAAAUGGCAGUGAAAUUUUAAGCAGACUAUUAAUGGGACUUAAUUGUUAAUGUUUUGAUCUUUUAUAGCCUCAAGUGAACAAGGAAUUUAAGAUCCAUUGUGCUUGCUUAACAGAUAUGAUAACCCAGAAGGCUGGGGAUAAAUUUGCUGAUCCUGUUCCAACGAUUGUUGAUGACAUUAAAGAAAGCUUGCAAGAAGUUUUAUCUUGUAUACUGGAAACUGAAAUGAAGAUUGCUUUUGGAGACCUUUGGGAAGAGGUGAUUACCUUCAAGUAUUCUUACAUGCUUUUAAAGCAGGGAUGUAGAGCCUCUAGCUUGUGGGCCAGAUUAGGUGCGUCAAAUAACUGCUUAAGAAGAAACUUUGCAAAUUUGAGCAAGUUUCGGAAUACACUCUUCAUAAAUGUUUGUAGAAUGUCUGAGCCCACUUUGAAGUCCUUUGGUUCAGAGCUUGCACAGUCACAGUGAACGUGCUGUUCCUUAAACCUAUCCACUUCUCUUAUGCUGAAGUCUCAUUGCUGACUACCAUGCCAGUGGCUGCCUCACACAAUGAAUUUCUUACAUAGAUUCCACAGUUUUCAGAAAUUGUACAUAUUUUAUUUAUGUAUUUUGACAAUUUAUUUGCUGCUUAAUUACAAUCGUGUCUAAGUGAUGCGCAAGUAACUUGGUACAAGAAAGAUAAAAAUCAGUUAAAAACUAUAAAACCAGAAUUCAUUAAAAAUGCCCGCAGUAAUAAAAUAGUAUUCUGCCAGUGCUGGACCUCAACCGGAAGGGAGUUCCAUAAAAUUGAGACCACAGUAUUGAACAUUUGGCUCUUGGUAGAUAAAGAGCCAUGCGACUGAACUCUGGAGGACCACUAACAGUAGCUUCCCAGAAGAUCUGAUUGAUCAGGCAGGAAUGCAAUGAACCAGGCAGUCCUCAAUGUUUGUCGGACCCAAGUUGUUAAAAGCCUUGUAAAUUAAUACAAGAAUUUUUAACUUGGCCCUGUAGCUUCUUCUUCUUCUUUGGCGAUCACUCAAAGCCAAGUAAGAUUGUCUUCCAUAAACACGGUUUUAACAAUGAGUCCAUAAGUGAUUCUGGAGGCCAAUUAUGGAUCCACACGUCCUUCCACAGUGGGGACAUAGGUUUCCGGGUGGGAGUUGAUCAUGGUGUGGAUUUGCCAAUUGUGCCUUCCUCUUAGCACGUUUCUCCCUUGUGUCCUGAGUUCGAGUGUCUUCAAAGCCCAUGACACCUUUGGUAAAGGCUGUUCUCCAACUGGAGCGCUCACAGGCCAGUGUUUCCCAGUUGUCAGUGUUUAUACUACAUUUUUUAAGAUUUGCCUUGAGAGAGUCUUUAAACCUUUUGUUGACCACCAGCAUUACGCUUUCCAUUUUUAAGUUCGGAAUAGAAUAGUUGCUUUGGAAGACAAUCAUCAGGCAUCUGCACAGCAUGACCAGGUGAUAGCCUGCCCCUAUCAGCAGUCUAGCCCUAGUGUUUUUCACCAACCAGAGCCUCUGUGCCAGGCUCGAGGAUAGAGUACAUAGAGUACAUUGCAGUGAUCGAGUCUUGAGGUCACCAGUGCACUGACUAUCUCUCUUCAAGAAUGGCUGUAGUUUACUUACUGGCCAUAGCUGUAAAAGGCAUUUCUAGCCACUGAGGCUACCUGAGACUUCAGUGACAAAGGUGGACCCAGGAGCACCUCCAAACUCUGAACCUGUAAUUUCAGAGGGAGUGCAACCCCAUUCAGAACAGGCAACUGGCCAGUCUCCCAGACACGGGAACCACUUACCCACAGCGCCUCCGUUUUCUCAUGGUGUAAGCUCAGUUUAUUGGCCAUUGGCCAACCUACCGCCGCAUCCAGACAGCAUUCCAGACCAUACUUUGCUUUCCCUGACUCGGACGUUAUGGAAAAGUAGAGCUGCGUAUCAUCAGUGAACUGAUAACGCUUCACCCCAAAACUAAUGAACACUUGCAGUGGUUUCGUAUAGAUGUUAAACAGCAUUGGUGAGAGGAUCAUGCCCUGCGACACACUAAACUACAAGGAUCAUGGGGCUGAGACCUAAUUUCUCCGUUCUAUUUUCUGGACACAGCACUGUAGGUAGGAGUAGAAUCACUGUAAAACAGUGCCCCUAGUGCCCAUCCCAGAGAGCCAGUCCAGCAAGACACAGUGACCAAUGGUAUCAAAAGCCACCAAAUGAUUGAGAAGGAGAAAAUAUGUUAGUAUACAGGAGACCACAUUAAUGGGUUAUUGUCAGUGAAGCUGACCAGAUAUCAAAUAUGUAUCAUCUUGAUGCACCAGUUCUCCCAUCCUUGCAGAAACUCUGUGAUCAGCAAUAAGGUCUGACAUAACUCGUACUUCAAUAAAUGGAAACCUGACCACUAAAUUAUAUCAGAGAUUAAUAUUUGAACUCCCCCCCCCUUUUUUUAGGUAGUGUAUCAUCACCCGCCCUGGACAUUAGCAAAGGUGUUGGAGUGCUACAAAAAACACUUUGUGGCUGUUUUUGGAAUGGUUAUAUCAAGAAACUUUCUUUCAACCAUUGAAUAUCUAUAUGAACAUCUCUGUAAAGGUAAGAAAAUGUUAACCCUUGAAACUAUUUGAAAUCCCAAAACCUGCGCCAGUGGGCAUAUCAGUACUGAAAACCUCAAAUGUGUUUAUCAUGUCUUCCUCCAAGGAACCUUCAGAGCUAUGAUACAGGUUUCUAGCAAUCCCAAGCACUCCCAAACUACUAAAAUAUAAUAGGAUUCAUUUGUAUAAGCCAUAGAACAGAAGUGCAGUCUUAAACAUGUUUACUCAAAACUAAGUCUCUUGAGUUCAGUGUAGAGCAGGGGUGGCUAAUCUAUGCACCCAAUAGUUUUUGUGCACCUAUAUGAUGCCAAAAGUAUUUUGAGGUUCCCAAAAGCACCCUGUAGUUGGUCCAUUGAAAAUAUGUACAUAUUGACCACCAGCAUAUUCCCUUCUGUUGUUCUGUGAUGCUAGAAGGUUUUGGUGACCUCCCAAGUCAUGUAGAAUUGUAGUGAGUCCCUGCUAGAUCCAGGAUCUUCAGGAGAUGUGUGUCAGUGGUAGAUGGUAGCAAGAUGAUAGCACCCUUUGAAUGCACUGCUUAUCAGUUGUUGUUCCUGAAUAGUUCAAAUUGCAAAUAUACUGGGUUGUAUUUGAGGAUUACUUAUGGUAUGGUUGUAUUUUGUUUCCUGUCCUCUUUCAAUUUUUUCCUCAUUAACAUCUCUCUCUCUCUCUCUCUCUCUCUCUCUCUCUCUCUCAGCUUCUGUGGUUAAACCCUCAACAGUGAAUGAGGUGCUCCAGGAAUCUAAAAUGCUGUUGGAGGAGUUCAGCUCAAGAUCAGAAUAUGAUGGUAUCCUUCCCAAGGCUUUAGCUCAGGUGAAUAAACUGCUCAAGAUGCUUGACAAGGUAAGAGCUGCUUAGUUUUGACAGAAGUCAUUCUACAUGCACAUGCAUGUAUCCGAUUGCAGCAGCAAUGUUGCUGUUGCUUAUUUAUCAUCAUCGUCAUCCAGGGUUAAAAGCUACUUGUGUUAGAAAACUUCUUUUUAAUGGCAACUUGAAAUACACUUUCAAUGUCAUCUGUGGAACAGAUGGGCAAAAUAAAUCUGAGAUGUAACUUUUGAACAAAAUGUGUUUGCUUUUAUCCUUUUCUUGCAGGGAAAUGGAUAAGGGUGGGCGAGUCUGCUGGACUCUUGGGUCAGCCCCUGCCUGGGAGGAGUUGAAAGCCAGGAGUGAGGAUAGGAGAAAAUGCUGCUUGCUUUUUUAUUGAGCUUAUUAUUAACUGCAUUGUUAUAAACCACUUGAGGUUUUUUACAGGGAAAAGUGAGAUUAAAAAGUUUAGGUACCGUAUUUUUCCAUGUAUAAGACUAAGUUUCCCCCCUAAAAAGUAAUGUCAAAAAUUAGAGGGCCCCUGCACUGAUGUUCUUGUGAAAUACUUUGGGUCAAAGUAUGAAGGGUGGUAUAUAAAUGUCUUUAAGUCAGUGAAAUGAUUUGAAGUAAAUCUCAUUUUUACAGUGGUUAUAUUAGUCUUAGUGUGUCAUUCCUUUAAAAAAUCGGGUAGCUUGCAGCUUUAGCACAUCAGAUCCAGUGUAUUUACUGCUUGAUUGCUAUAUUUUCAUAAUAUUCAGCCAGGUUCUGGACCAAAUACUCCAGACACCCUCAAAUCUACUUCAGGAACUACUGCUUGUGAACAAAUGGAAGAUGGAGCUUUGACCCAGCACACUCAGGAUGUAGAUGCGUCCUUGUCGCCUAAGCCUUUAGCCCAAGGAAACAGGCAUGUGGAAAUCUGGUCUGUCCUUGAAAGCGUCUGGAACACAAUAAACCUAUUCAGGUAAUAAAAGCUGAAAGAGAGUGUUCUUCUUGAAAUCAAGGUUGUCUUAUUUUGGCAAAAUGUAAAGCAUCCUAGGGUUAGUGCAGAUGUGCUUGUAUGCUGCUUGAUGACUGGCAGCCUAAUUUGUGAAUUUAAUCCACUGUCCAGAAAAUGAAGAGAAGAGAAGAGAUUAUCUGGAAGUUCUGCCUGAACUGGUUCAUCAGCGAUGGCUCCUUCAUAUAUGCAUGUCGUCAUCUGAUACAGUCACUGCAAAUACAUGUGUGCACAAGCCCUUAAUGAAAACUGUAAAAACAUAGUUUGUGAAGUGGGCUUCAGUCUACCACAAGGUUGGAUGGCAAAAAGUUUUUUUUUAAAAAAGUUAGUGCAAACUGGAAGAUGGCAACGCAUGCAUCUGAAGGAGAAUUUUAAACAGCUCAGUAGUUGUUUAAAAACUUCUGCAAUGGAAACCUAAUGCAAAAGAUUGUGUGUCUUUCUGAGGAAAUAGUCCUAUUAUCACAGCAGCUAUACCCUUGUUCACUAUGAAUUUAUGAAUCGGAUUAGACAGAAUGCCUUUGCUUCAGUGAGCUCUUUUGAAAAAGAAUCUGUAUACAUAGAAUAGGAUUUCCUGCCUCUGAUUCUGUCUGUCUGGGUUUUUUUCCUCUCUCUUUCCAUCCUUGCCUCCCCACCCCAUUCCUGUCUAGGACAAUAGGUAGUUCAUUGCCUGUUUUAAAAUUCAUUCUUUUAUUUUUCUUAGUCUAGAACUUUUCCAGAAGCUGGACCUCAAUACGGCUACCACCACUCAGAAUAUGGACUCGUUCAAAGACGCUUUCGUCGGUCUGCAGAAGUUAAUGGCGGCAGUGAACGAAAUCCUAGCAGGAAUUCGGCAGUAAGUUUAUGUGAGCUGAAUGGAGUGCAGGUGACUCCCACUUACGUGGGGGUUACGUCCCCAGAUAACCGUGAAAUUGUGAAUAGUGGGGAACACCAUCUAAAAACCUGUGAAAAACCCUCUAAACGUCUGCAAACCCUUGAAAAACUUUUAAAAACCAUGAGCACUUACAAGCCAUCUCCCCCCCCCCAUUCUUUUCCUACCAUUUUUGCAGUUUUUGUGCUCUUUUCCAGAUUGUUUUUGCCCUUGAAAUUGAAAUAUUUAUUUAUUUCCCAGCACUGCAGGUGUACACGGUUGCACACAAGUCAAAAGUGCAUAAGUGGGAAAUUGCCUGUAUGUUACUCUGAUGUGUAAUCUCAUGUCUUCACAGCUGUUUGAUGGAGCCACUGUGUUGAAAUAAGUUUCUUGGUACUUUCAGCUUGUGAUUACCGUAUUUUUCGCCCUAUAGGACGCACUUUUUUCCCUCCAAAAAUGAAGGGGAAGUGUGUGUGCGUCCUAUGGGGCGAAUGCAGGUUUUCGUUGAAGCCUGGAGAGCGAGAGGGGUCAGUGCGCACCAACCCCUCUCACUCUCCAGGCUUCAGGAAGCUAUCCACAAGCCUUGGGAGCAAAGUUUUCUGUGGAGUGCAAAAAAGAAGAAGAAAAAUAGGGAGGAGGUAGAGAGUGAACUUGGGAUUUCCGGCCCAUUCAAUAUGAUCAAGAAUAAUAUUUUGGACAGGAUAAGAUAUGUUGCGAAGUGUAUACACACAGAUCCAUAAUGGUCAUGAGGCUGUGGCAUUGGAUCUGAAAUACAACAGAGGUUUCCUGUUAAUCCUCAUACCCUGUUUGUAAUACAUCAGGUUGGCCACUGUGAGAACAAGAUGCUAGGAUGGAUAAACCUUUGGCCUAACUGGCAGGGGUCUUCUUAUGUCUUCAGUAGUGUUUCUCCUGAGAGUAGACAUGAAUGGGCAGGAACAUGCAAAGUAAGGUAUCCUGGUCCCAAGUUAUUCAGGGUUUUCUAUGCCAAAGGCAAGCCCUUAAACAUGACCCAGUAGCACGUGCGAUGUGCUGUCAAUAGGGCUCCCCCUUCAACAGCUUUGCUGCAGCAUUCUGCACUAGUUGCAAUUUCUGGACCAAUAUUAAGGGAAGCCCCAAACAGAGCACAUUUUAGUAAUUGAAUCCCCUACUGCUUGAAUUUACAGGGAGAAUAUUUUAACAGAGGCCCUGUGGAACAUGUGUACUCUGUGUCCACAGGGCUAAUAAUAAUAAUAAUAAUAAUAAAUUUUUAUUUAUAUCCCGCCCUCCCCAGCUGAAGCCAGGCUCAGAGCGGCUAACAUCAGAUGUCUUUUAGAGGACUUGCCCUGUACAAAUUAAGAACACGUGUUUUAAACUGAUUUUAUAUAGCUUUAAUUCUAUCGGUGUAUUUUAAUGAUCAGUUUUCUAUGUUUUUAGCAGUUCUUGUUUUUAUCUGUAAGCUGUUGUCCUGAGCCCCAUCAGGGAAAAAAGGCAACAAAUAAAUAACUAAAUAAGAACCUCAUUCAUGCGGUAUAAGCAAUGAUGUGAACUUCUUGUGUCAUUGGGUCAUCCAUGUUUAAAAUCCUUUAAUGAGUUUUCCACUGUUUGUACUUAUCUUUUUCAGGGUUUUAGUGCCAAACAGUAGCUUUCAAGAUGUCUGGGCUCUCUAUAGCUUUUUAACUAAUAAUAAGGUAGGUUUUAUUUCCCCUUUAAAGCAUUUUGUAGAUGUUACGAGUACUUUAUGCUGAGCCCAAACCCCGAAAUUUUGUGUGCAGAUAGUCCAGGGCAGACUGAUUACUGGGCUAGUCUAAUAAUUUCUUCCUUGAAAGGGGAAACAUGAAGUGUCCCCCAAAUGCUUAAGGUAUUGUCACACGAUUUGGGAAGCAAAAUCCUUGUAAGUUUACUUUGUGACCAUAGCUCACAUCACAUCAACCUGUAGAGCAGUCUAAAUCAAGUCAGCUCCUAUGGGGAUGGCGGAUUAAACUGGCAGCCGAGAAAAAUAUCCCUCCACAUUCUUCAGACAACUUUCACGUCAUCUGACAAGGACUGUUGCCUCUCCAAAGAGGUCAGUUGAGCCUGCUGCUGCUUCACAUACAUUGGUCAGCCAGCCUGGAAGCAGGGUAGAUUUGCUCCCUGCAAGUCUAGAAACAUGUUUCUGGCUGCCUCUGCAUUUACACAUUCCAGUAUAUAUUGUUAGUCCGUAAUAACCGUAAGUCAAGCAACUCAUUCUUAUUUCUGGAUACUCACAGAGCUUUCGAAAACCAAUAAUAAACCUGAGAGUUGUUGCUAACCAGGAAUGAGAGUGAUGCACUGUGGCUCUUUUCUUUGCCACUCUGUAAUGUUGGAAGACCAAGGUCACAUGGGACUACUUCUUAUGUGACCUCAGACACCCAGUGUUUACUGAGCAGCAUAGGAAGAAACCACUAUAGAAUCAUUGGGCCAGCUCACACAGCCCACAGUGGUGCAGCACAUUCCCAGAAACCAUCACUUGGAGCUGCUGGCUGUUUGAACCAGCCUACUAUUUUAGCAGCCAACAAACCUGAGAUGGAACUUCCAAGUUCAGAUUGAGAGCAAAGUGCUCUGUUAGUAGAACUUAAUGCCACCUGGAUACUAUGGCAGCCAAUGAGCUGCUGAUGUUGUCAUGGGUGACCCUCCACUCAGCAGCUGGGCUUUUGCUUGGCACCCAAUGCUAUGCUUACCCCUUCUUUUUAUGGUAAAGAGAAAUAAGAGUGGAAAGGUUCCUCCAUGGCCACUCAUAGUUUUGCUUAGCAGACUCUCUCACUGGCAUGAACAACCAACGCAACAGGAUGCAUUUAUGUUGUCCAUAACAUAGCUUUGUAUUAGAAGUUGUUUCCUUUUAGAGGUCUAGUGUAGUUCCAUGAUUUCAGUGAUUCAGUUCACCAAGACAGAAGCACAUUUUCAUUUGAGUCAAGCAAGGGAGACUUCCAUUUUCAAGGUGGUUGAUAUUUCACUGCCUGAUUAAUCAUUGCAUGCUGUUCCCCAGAGACUGAACCAGAACUGUAACCAUAGAAAAGUGGCUUAGAGCCUCUUAGGAAUAUGUGAGAACACCACAUCUUUCCUCUUGGCUGGUUUUUCUCUAAACUUCUUUACAGCUUCAUUCUAGAGUGAAUUUGACACCACCACAUUAUUGAAUACGCAGCUGCAUUUGCUGCCUGAGUCCACAGUUAUUAAGCCACAGGAAAACACCAUAUAUUUUCUUUCUUGUUUCAUAUUGAUUGAUUGGUUAGAGCUAGGAUAAAGAGAUAUAAUUCAAGGCAGCUUCUUAUGAGUAAGGUGACCAAAACAUUUGCAGGAGAAAACAAAUGCAGACUUCCAAGUUAUUAGUCGGCCACCAAAUUUCAGCUUUGUGGCAUGGAAUGCAGUUAACGCAAUUGGGCAAAGAACCUCACCAACAGACUUUGCUAGCCUUUAAAUUAUGGGAAUGUAGACUCUACAGAGAUUAAUAGAAGUUUGCUUUGGAAGAGUUGCCUUGUGUGUAUUGAACUAAUGGCUGUCUGCUGUGCUGGUCUGCAUCAAUAAGUAUAUCUUUCAGCUGCCAUUUCUUUCACCCAUGAGCUUGUUUCCCUUUCUCUAGUCAAUCAUAAAUGGCAUUGAUUGGUACCAUACUGCUCAAUAAGUGCUCUAGAGUGAUGGGUCAGCAUCUCAUAUCCUGUAAAGUAGACUGCCAGCAAAUUAUUUUGCCAAAGAUGCCACUUUUUUCACACUGGUUUUGCACACCAGGCUGGCAAAGUGCAGGGACUGUGGCUUGACUUGGCAAAGGGGCUAGGUGACAACUCUUGUUUUAAGGACUUUAAUAAAAAGAUAAUCUGAAGCAGUCCUUAGUUCUUUUACAGCGAUGAAUAAUUUCCAACAGGUAAUAUCCACAUUUCAUGACUGGCGAGUCUUCCUAGACAUUUCAGUGUGUUUUUCCCCCUCCUUCAUAGAUGCACAAUAAUACGAAAUUUACUGCUGAGGAACUUUAUGACUGCAUUUCCCAAGAGGUAUACAGGUAAGCUACUUUUUAUACAUCUGUAAUUACUGGCCACAAUCCUUUUUCACUUGUUUUUUCAUUAUGUUGAAAACAUAUUGUAUGUGGCAGCGUCCCCUCUUCCUUUCAGAACAGAGUAAUUUUAGCUUGCAAAAUAGUGAUACUGUAUUGGGAUCUCUUGACAGCGGCAGUAUGAAUCCUAUCUUCAGUAUACCUGUGUACUUAAUAGAGUAAAUGUAGAAAACAUAAUCUGAAACAGAUGUUUUAUUUUAAGAUAUUUCAAUGAAACAUACCUUGUGUUGAACCUUGCUUUUUAUCCUGUAAUCAAGCAAUGUUAGGAUAUUUGAAAGAGGGCAUAAUUAAGGCAUUAGUGUUCACGUUCUUAUAUGCUGCCUUUAUGUUCCCUGUGGUUUUUCAAAGAGACAGUCUUGUUAAGUUGUGUUAUCAAACAGUCUUGAUUGCUUUCCAAGAUCAUAAUUUGCAUUAGCAUCAAACAAAAAGCAGUUGUUGUUUUCUUUUCAGCACAGCUGCAGAAUGUUUGGAUGCUAAUAAAUGCAAAACUGGGGAAAACAAUACAAUUGUAACCUGAGCAAAACAUAGACAUUAGGGAGAAUGCUUAUGUAAACCAAAGCCUUUAUGCUUCUGUGUGUCUCCAAUUAAAUUAUUGUAUAGAAAUAAAAUCAUGCAGCUUAUUAACAUGGCCUUGAUUGGCAGAACUGUUCUGUUUCAUCUAAUUCAGGACAAUAAAAUGUCAUGUGUUAUUAGUUGCCAGUACUUUAUACGUUACAAUUAAAAGAAAACAAAACACAAGGGAUAAAAAUUAGGAAUUGAAGUGUAAUAAACUGAGUUGCACAUUGAAAAGAGAGCACCAAGGCUUGAUUAAAAUAAAGCCAGUAAGUAAAAGUAUCUCCCUUAGUAAGGAAUUCCAGAGCCUGGGUGCAGCCACCAAAAAGACACUCCUUCCUCCUCACCAGCUGUACUGCGGAAAUUGAAAAUGCAGAGUAGAGACUGUCCUGAUUUCAAUAUAUGGGGCAGACUCGGGUAGGAGAAGACAGCCUUUCAAGUAGUCUGGUCUUCAGCAGUUUUGGGUUUUGAAAGCCAUAACCAGCACUCUUAUGAAUUGGACCCAGAAAUGAGCUGGAAGCCAAUACAGUGGACGCUCGGGUUGCGAACGUGAUCCAUGCAGGAUGCAUGUUGCGAUUUGGCGCUUCUGCGCAUACGCGACUGCCGAAACCCGAAAGUAACCCGUUCCAGUACUUCCGGGUUUCGGCAGGUCCGUAACCCGAAAAACACAACCUGAAGCAUCUGUAACCCGAGGUAUGACUGUACUGCCAUUUGUAACAAAGCAGUUGAAAAGUUGUUAAAAGGUAAUAAGUGAUCGCAUUGGGACAGGUUUUAGUAAUUAAAUCUAUGCGUUUUCUUCUCUCAUCCCCCCUCCCCCCCCUUCUCCAGGGACCGUUUAUCGGUUGGAUGCUGCCAACUAGCUCAACUGGACAACAAUAUUAAACAGUGCUAUGAAUCUGUCUGUCUGGAGAUAAAGAACAGGGGUUGGCUCUAAUUGUGCAACCAGUUGCAGCUUUUGAAUUGUAGAGUUGGAAAGGACCCUGCGGGUCAUCUAGCCCAACCCCCUGCAAUGAAGGAACACGUCAGUUUGAUGGCCCAGCCAAAGAUGGACCUUAGAGCAGUGUUACUAAAUGGCAUUAUUUGCGCUCUCGGCAGCUAUGCUUAAGGUCCCAAACUAUACGUUACAUUAAUUGUGUAGUUUGGUGCUGUUCUUCCCCACCCACCCCUUAUCUAUAUAGCAGCUGCUGAGGGGAGGGGGGUGAAGGUCAGGAUUGGGACCCACAGCGGGGUGUGUGUGUGUGGAUUUUUAAAAUCUCCCCAAAGCUCAUAUUUGUAUUAGGUAUGGGUUGCCAUUGGUGCCAGUAGAGUGAGGGAGGCAGUUGUAGUCUGGAUAACUCAGCAGGAGACUUUUAAACUCGGGACUGUAGUGUGGGGGUAAAGAGCAAACCCCAUUUUCCCCCAAUCCUGAUUUUUCAGUACAUUAAAAAUAAAACAAAAAAACUUGCAAGACCCAAACGGUUGUUAAGAUAAAGCACAAUUUAUCUAAAGAAAUAGUAGCAGGAAAAAAAGAGUCCACAUCGCAGUGAUGGUAGCUUACCUCAGCAGAGAUCCUGCCAACGCAGUGGUCUCCCAACAGUCACAACCUCUCUUCCAACGAGGCCCCCACAUCACUUAGGUAUGUAAGGCACCAAUUAGCAAUUGCGGAAAUCACUUAAACCCCCUCUGAGCUCCCUCUCAAACACAAAGCAUAGCCCCACCCCACAAGCGACUUUGACAGAUGAGUGGGAUCACUCGCCUGUGAAUCACCUGAUUGGUGCUCACAGCAAGCCCCGCUUUGGGCAUGGAUCGACUGCGCCAGCGAGGCUCACUUGUAAGCACCGAUCAGCUGCUGGGCUCCGACAAGCCUUGCUUACCAAGGAGCAAUUAGGAGCACAUGCUAAGGCUCCCAGUUGUUCCUUUGCAACCAUGUAAUUCCUCCCCCCCCCCCCGCAGCAUCUGACAUCCGGUGAAGGGUAGGGGGGAUGUGGUUUGAGGAAAGCAGACUGGUGGGUCAGAGGUCCUAACACAGUAGGUGAUUAGGCCAGAAGCCGGCUAGGCCCACAUGCAGGAUUUCAAAUUCUCCAGCAAUCCUGAGCAAGGGCAAUAGCACAGCAGCAUUUUUGCUGGUGCAAAAGCAAAGGUAACUCAUCGGUGGAGUGGCAGAGGCAGGAUCAGGCCCUGGUCACAGACUCCUAGGAGAGAAGGCUUGGAAGAAACCCACCAAAGGGAGCCCACAUUCUCAGUCCAAUGGGAGGGAUACAACCAGAGAGGGUUUGUCUCCAGCUACUCUCUAGAACAAGGACCUGUGAUCAACUUUGGAAAAUUUGGCUGGGGCUGAUUGGCACUGUAGUCCAAAACAUCUAGUGGGCACCAGUUUGGUGAAGAAUGUCCUAUAUCUUCAUCCCAUUAUUGAAUUUCUGGCAUUUUAUCCUUUCUAGCCUCUCUUAAUUAAAACAGUAUUUUUUCACUUUACUAUCUUCUUCCCUAUUGUUUACUUCUUGUCCUCUUCACUGUCUUCUCCCUCCCUCCUUUCCUGCUCAGCCAUGGGUCCUGGCAGGAGAGGCCAUUACGUGGGAGACAGAAGUAGAAGCAAGGCUAAAAUCUCACUGUCUUGUGUGAGGUGUGUAUCAGUGCCUUGAGCACAGCUGCUGUACCUUGAUGACUACAGUGGGUCCGAAAGGAAGCUUUCCCCAGAAGUACUACGCCAUGAAAUUUGGAGAUCCAGUCAGCCGUCCCUGCCCCCCGCCCCUUGGAGUGGAUGCUCUUAGAGGCAAUUGGUGAAGAGAAAUGUAGCUUGGGAUUUGCUCAAGUAGUAUGACUGGCAAACAUAAUGCCAAGGUGGAAGGGGCUCAUCGGGGCAGGGACCAUUUUGAACUGGUUUGAUGACCGCUUGCCACCGGACGGUGCUCUGCCUUGCACUUUUGAAGCAAAAUUGAGCGUCAUUAUUUAUUUGUUUAUUGUAUUUGUAUUACCCGCCCCCCAUACUUUAUGCCAUAGCUUACUCCUGCCCCCUCCAGCCCAGAUUCUGCCUGUGGAAACAUUCGCCCCACUGUUAUGCCAAAGUACCCAGAAACGAGAGCAAAAAAAUGGCUUGUCAUUCUGAAACCAUUGAGCAAGCUUGCGAAAGCAAUGUGGCCCUCUCACCCUUCUCCUGACACACGGCGUGCUUCUAAUUCCUCCGAGGAAUGUGAUGGGGACUCCCCAUCCCCCAGGACAUUGCUACAGACAAAAGUUCCAGACAGGAUGUCUUUCCUUCUCUCAAAGAAAGAAGAUGAGAAGUUGAGAGACGCCAUUUGCAAUAAGUAACGAACGUUCCCAUUUUUCUGCUUUACGCUGGCCUAGUCAUGGCAACACAGGACUUGUGAACUGUUAAAGUGUAUUGUGAGUUCCCUAUGCUGGCACAAUAUGGAACUACCUUGGCAAACUUGACUUUCACCCAGUCAAUUUAACUCAAGGCUACGAUUGCAAUCCUAUGCAUAUUUGUUUGGGAGUUAAGCGCAAGUAAAUGGAUGAUUUACUUUUGCGUGAAGGAACCUAGGAUUGCAUUGUACAGCUUCAUUUGUUUAGAAGGAUACUACACAAGCAUUUUUGCGUCGCUGCCUGUUUUGGAAGGCUUGCCUUGAAGAAUUUGCUCAAAUAAUUUCUGCAAGCGGCUGUUUUGAUAAACAAAAGGCGGCACAAGGUGCGUUCAGUCUUUCUCCAUACUGGCACAUGGAGGAGGGAGCAGGACCACAGCCCCCGUGAUUGUGCAAAUGUGUGCAAAUGCAAUUUUGUGAGUGCAGCGAUGGGCAAGAUUCCUGCAUUGCAGGGGGUUGGACUAGAUGACCCUCGUGGGCCCUUCCAUCUCUACAAGACAAUUAUGGCUAGAUGCAAACAGUAAAAGGCUAAUUUUGGGGCUGAUUUCUGUGACUUUGAGGGGCCAGGAGCAAGCAGCAGACCAGAGACCUAGAGAAGUCUCACUAAACUUAAAGGGAUUUCACUAAUUGUAUAAAGAUACUGACUGUGGCUAUGCAUAUUUUGGGGUUCAGAAGAAUAUAGUGUUAUAUUCAAUGACACAUGGAACCACUGCUUUUGUUUUGCUUCUAAUUGAUUAUGGAUAAGCAAUGUCUCAGCUGCAGUCAAUGUGUGCAAGCUACUGCAGAGGAGGGUUUUUUUAAUUUAUUGUCAAUAAAUACUGUAUUUUGUCUUAUCUACCUGUGCUGGUCACAUGGUUAGUUUCUGCUGAAUGUUGGCAAAUGAAAACAGGGACUUUGGGGGGGAAAUGGAAUAUGUCUUGAAGUGAGAGCCAAAAUUAGUUGUUUUAUAUUAUGUCCAACGCUCAUAUAAAUUAGCAAUAUUCUCACAUACCUAAAGCUUAUUUUUUCAGCCCAGUUUAGAGCUGUUACCUAAACAGCAGCCAACUUUUCAUUGUAUUAACAUGUAUUGAAAUAAAUUUUGAUAUUUAUAUUCUGAGAUUAUUCUUUUUAAAAAUUGUUAAGAUAUUAAAAAAUUGAGCUAUUCUUU